AAAUAAGACAUUAAUUUUUUUUAAUAAAUAAAAAAAUUUGUGGAUGUUAGUGCUGUGAGAAAAAAGGUUGUCGACGACUUUUUUUUUUAAAGAAAAUCCGAAUUAUUAUGUUUUUCAUUUGUUUGUGUCAGUGAAAAAUGCUUCAGCCCAGAUUAUCCGGAUGUGGUAGUGCGAAAAUGGGGGGUAAAAGGAACUGUGUCAGCUUUGGAUGGAGCUUUGUGUUCGCUGUCGUUUUAGCAUCCACUCUUGUCUCGUGUCAAGAUUUAAAUAAUGAAGAUACUAUAGAAGCAUCAAGAAUAAAAAGGGAGGGUGUCCCGGAAAAUAGGGCUUUCAAUACAAACGGUAUUGUAUACGAUAAUACACCUUGGAGACCAGGCAGAGACAUGGAUCACAUCAGUCGGCCUAUACUCGAGGAGGAUGACAGAAAAAUGAAGAAUCUGGCAACCAGGAUCAUGUCCAACGGCGUGGAAGUACUGGUAAAAGACAAAAAUUCUGAUGGGAAACAGGAGCAGACUAAAUACAUGGAAGUGAAGACAAUUCAACCAACAGCUCCAAGUAACAUAUAUCCAAGUAAUUUUCCUAAAAUUGAUAAAAGAAUAGAUACCGAAACUGAAAAUAAUUUUGAUAUAAUACAACCGUCAGAAAUUGGUCAUAUUUCAUGCACAACUUGUUCUUGUUCGAAUACUAAGACAGAAGGAUUAAAAACUAAAUAUACCCAUAUCGAUGGAAUUUUACCAAGUAGUUCUAAAUUUGGAAUAAAAACAUCUAAAUAUGGGGCUACAAAAAUAGAUUUCAGACCAACAAAUAAGGAAUCUCUUAAUGUAAAAACUCAAUAUGGUCCUUAUGAAUUCGAAAGCAGUUCACAUUUGGCACCGACAGACAGAAUCGUUGAAAAAUAUACUGAAGUCAUUAAUGAUUAUUCAGAAGAAAAAGAUACAAGUUCUAUAGAGGAAAGUGAGUUAUUGACAAAUGAGCAAGCUCCUGCACCGCCUAAAAAUAAAGUCGUAAAUAAAAAUCAUGACAAAAUUAAACCGGACAAGCCUCAAAAACCGAACAAAAAUAAAUUUGUUGUUGCAGAUUUAUUAAAAUUAGGAUCCUUAGGUAUCAAAGGUCUAUCACAGUUAGCGCCAGUUAUAGAAAAAAUGACAGGUGGUUUUAUAAAACGUCAAGAGAUAAAUAAAACCACGACUACAACAGUUAAACCAGUAGAAAAAUUAACCGCUUAUAACGUUAACAAACGAGUAGACAGCGAUGUUGAAUUUAAACAGAACGAUUUUCCUAUAUACAUCCCAGUGGAUGAAUUGGAAACUUCAGAAUCACAAGUAAUUUUCUCAAAUGCAACAUUACAUCAGAAUUUGGCGUGGGCUACAGAACACAAGCAACCUAAAUCGCACAUCGUCCCACCUAAAAUUAUUCAUGAAAGCCCUCUUGUCAAUGGCGGCAUACCCAUUAGCCCUGGUGAAAUAAUUACAGCUCAUUCAGAUGUAAUAGUAGGAAAGCCAGCAGUAGGCGGGCCGUUAACCUUGGCUGCCAGUGGAAUUAAAUUACACAAUCCUGUUCAUCCACCACCUAUUGACAGUUUUGUAGCAGGUAAUGAAGAGUACUUAAUUAAAGAGAGGCCAAAUAGUGAACAAGCUUCAUUAACUACUAAAGUAGACGAUUCUUUUGAUUUGAGGCCACCAGAUCUACCAAAAAUUAAAUCUAAACCAAACAGAAAUAUUUUUCGUCAACCUCAGUCACCUAUUAGUCAUCAUAGUUCUCAAGUUCAGACUAAAAUACCAAUUCACAUACCCCAAAAUGUACAUCUACCAGAUAAUAUAAUGAAAACAGAACACAUAAAAACUACAAAUACUAUAUUAGGAAAUCAUGGCAGGCCCGCAUUCCUUGAUUACAUUCCUUCACUAGGAAAUCCUAAUAAGGGGUCACUAAACCAACAUACUGAUUUUAUAUCCCAAAAAGAGAAUAAAGAUAAGGAUAUAUUUGAUAAUAGUCCAAGUUCAUCUGAAAUAAUUAAUACAAGAGUAAAAACAGAUGGCGAAUAUGCUGUAUCUCCUAGUUCCGACUCCGGUAAGCCAUUUUUAGUGGAUAUUCAACCUUCAAGGGUAGCCAAUGUUUUAAUACCUCAUGGAAGCUCAACCGCGCUAGUAUUUGCCGGCUCUUCAGAACCACAUAAAACAGGAGAUUAUGUUGAUGAUCCUUUACCUUAUCCAGAACCUGGUUAUUUUGGAAGUUUUAGCAUAGAUGCACCGCAAAUGACUAAUGUACAUAAUGUUGCACCGAAUAAUAAUAAACAAUUCAUUACGAAUACAAAUAUACGAUAUCCUUUGGAAUCUUAUAAGCCUAGUAUUCCACCGUUCCAUAAAGAACAACCAUUCAGAAAUGAUUUAAAGUCAAAAUGGCGGGACGAGAAUCGUCCUAUUAAUGUAAACAAAAUUCCACCUCCAACUAGCAAUCAAGAAGCUCAUGUUCAAUUUGGACCACAAAUAACGUCGUACGAUCCUGAUAUUUACAAUCCAAUAAAUGGAGAAUUUGAAAAAUAUAACCAUCAUAAAGGAAACGAUAAAAUUAAAGAUGGCAAAGAAAUCAUAGAUAAAGAAUAUGAAAAUUAUUUGGCAGUACCACCUCCACCUCCAAAAUUACAUUCAAACCAGGAAAAUAUAUAUAAUAAUAAUAAACCUUAUAACCAGCGACCUAUAGUACAUACCAAGCCAGUACAAGAUAUGAAAGUAUUUUUCAAUAUACAGCACCCAAUACCGAAAAUAACACCAGAACAACAGCCACCCAAAGUAACAUCUGAGAUAUACUUCGCAGCUCAAGCACCAAACAGCAAACCAACCCCGACAUAUACAAUACAUAUACCACCUCCACGGCCAGCGCAUGAGAAUCCUUAUAAAAAUAAUAUACCUAUAAACAAUGUUCAAGGAGAAAAACAUACAGACACCAACACAGGAGAAGUUCAUAAUUCUUAUUCAGUUAUUCCAAAUCCAAAUAGUGAAAAUAAAUCGAUAAUAACAAAUAAUUUAUAUAAAACGGAUGCAUCUUAUACUGUUACUCUUAAUACCGCAACUAAUAUAGCAAAUAAUGUAAACGAAGGACAAGUCAUUGGGUCAAGUGUCCCAGUUGCCAUUGGUUCUUUAUCUAAUACUGAUAUUGCAGAUACUAAUAUACCAAUCGGAACUAAUUUUGCAAUUACAGUGGAAGAUGUACCUUCCGAAGGUUAUAGUUUGCAAGAAAAUAAAAAACCUGAAAUUGUUUAUGACAAGCGUCCCCAUAUACCCAUAGAACUUUCAAGUGGAGAUAAUAGAUGGAAUAUCAGUACAGUUGGCAAAAAUGGACUAAAACAACAAAGUAAUAAUUUAGGAAUUUACAAACUAAACAAUAAUGUUGCAAAACCGUCUCAAAACAUAGUGCCAUCUUUUGAGCCGUCUCUUAAUAGCCAUGCUAAUUUCCCGAUGAUAAACGAAUAUACAACUGUAGCGAAUAUAUACAAUGGCGAGAAGAUAGUAACUGAAUAUUCAGUUAAUACUCUAAUCUCGGAUCAACGACGUCCAGCAAAACUUAUUCCGAAUGUACCAACCAAUUCUCAUGGAUGGUAUUCUAGUGCUGUUCACAAUAAUAACGUUAUAAAUAAAAAUAACAUCAAUAGCGAAGUAACAACAAGAAAAAUAAUUCCUCUAUCAAAUAAUGUUAAUACUGAUAGUAGGCCAGAAUUUGGUCAAAAAAUAUCAAGUGUAGGAAAACCGCCUGGUUAUUGGUCUCAAGAUACAUCAGCUUCACUUUCAAAUUUCAAUAUAGGUAAACCAUUUACCAAAACUGAAACUGAGGGACCAUUUUAUGGAACACCUAUACCUACUACUUCUAAUCCUUAUAAAUAUCCAAACUUUAUACCGUCAAAUUUAGAUAAUAUUAAACAACCUGCAUACGAUAUACCUAUAAGAGAUAAUAGUGACGAAACGACAACAAUUAAAAUCAAAACUACUACUACAAAAUCAAAUCCAGUAUAUGAGAAUUCUGAUGAAAUCUAUGACGGUGAAGAGGAAUCUGAUAAUAUUGGUGAUUUUGAAGGUGAAAUUAGUUUAGAAUCAAUGAAAGUGCCUAUUGUAAGCUCAUCAAGUGAAAUAAAUAAUGUAUCUACAUCUACAACUGACAUCACAUUAUUACAACAUGAAGUUUUUGAACAACCAAAAGACACUAAAGAGAAACAUGUACAAUUUGUAGAUUUUAAUCCAGGUACACAAACAGAAAAGCCGUUCAAGAACAAUAGUAAUAUAAACACUUUCCAAUCAAAUACUAUAAAGCCUAUAACUGUUUAUGAUGACAGUUCUUAUAUGAAACCUAAACCAUUUACAAUAAACACAAUGUCGACAUUAGAUCAUCAAUUACAACAACCACACUGGCAAAUCAAUCAAUUAAUGGAGAAUGCUACUAAUAUAUCAUAUGAAGACAAUUUUGAUUUAAAUAUGGGCGAAGAAAUUACUAAUGUAUUUAACCGACCAUCUUCAACACACAAACCACUAUAUCAUCACACACAUCCUGACAAUAAAUAUAAAAAACCAAUAAGAACCAGCUUUACACGUCCAAAUACAACGCGUAUAGCAAAUGAAUCCAACAUUAUUACAUCUACAGUUCAAAUUAAAGACAAAAAGCCAUUAAUUGUUGAGAAAAUUCAUGAAAAAACAACCUUACCGUCAUUUACAGUGCCGGAAAGUUUGAAAGUAAAUAAGACAUCGAAUGAAAUAAUCGAUUUGUCACCACCGCCCCCAACUAUGGAUUACAAUUUUAGACCUUCUACAAAUGAUGAAUUGAUUAUGGGUAUGAGCCCCCCACCGCCAAGAAUACCAUCUGUGAUUAGACCACCUACUAGAAUGCCUUCAACUUCGAGGCCUAUUAUUCCUAAUCGUACACCACCACCGUAUAGAAAUAAGCCUCAGAGAACUUUGCCUCCCAGAAUACCAACACAAAAACCAACAAGAAAACCAAUACAUAGAGAUGAAAUUUCUACAUAUAGACCAGCGUUUGAUAUUCUCAACAAUGUCCGUCGACCAAUAUUCAGCCACGAUCAACCAUCAUCCCAAUUAUUACCACCACCAAGAGAAACUCCUGCAAAGACCAGCAAUACCAUAAGUGAAAUUAUAGAUCCUCCUAACACAUCAAAUGUAGUAUUUCCGACGCCUAUUUCUUCAGGUUGGUUAACAUCAUCUGGUGUAGACUUUUCUUCAAGCUUUAAUUUUGCACCCACUUCUAUUCAAUUCCCUGCUAUCAAAGAAACAAUGAAGGUAGCAGAUGUGUCAGACGUAUCUUUCACGAAAGAUGAACAUUCAUUUGAAAGUGAAUUAACGUCAUUUGAACAUAUUGAUAAAAGUUCAGAAAAGCCGGCUACAGAGCAUAGCCUAUCCACUUCUAAUGAUCAUAAUACAGAAUUUACUACUCAAAUAUCAACGAGCUCUGAACAAAGUAUCGAUUCUAUUGGUAAUGAAUCGAGCCAAGAAGACUCAUCUACUAAUAAAGUAAUAAUCAUGCCAUUAGGAAACAGAAACAGAACUCGUAAGCCAUACCCAGUACGGCAUAGUGAUAAAAAAUCUACUACUACAAGUAUCUACAGGAUAUCUUCUAAACCAACAAUAAACAUAAUUAAGCCUACAAGAACAUUUUCACGUCCAGAAAUUUUAUAUCCAACAAGACAGUCCUCUGUGAAAAAAGUUACAAGACCAGUAAUACCUUCAAGAUUGCCUACAUCAUCUAUUAGUAUUAUAGAGAGUUCUGAAUCUACAAUUGAUGAUGAUUUUAUAACACCAACAGAAGUUCUUAAGGAUAGUACUUUACCAACGACGUCAUUAGUCCAAGAAACUGAUUUAUCAAACAAAGCAAGUGAAUUACCAGGUACGAAAGAUACUUUAGGCCAAAUAUUAUCAAGUGUAAAACCAACACAUCAUGCCGGAAAUGAGAUAAAAAUUUCGGAUGAAAUCAUACCAACUAAAACAGAAUUUAAAACAACAGUUAUCACUCUUACGAAAACCUUAUCCGAACCACCUAGAACAGUGUCAAGUAUAGGUUACGUAAACCUAACCCAUACUUUGACGGUUACUCACACAAAGACUAGUCUUGUAAGCCUCUCAGAGGGAGCAGUAACACAGACACUGGUUUUAACUAAUACUCAGACAUCUACAAUAGUUGAUGUUGUUACUGAAGUUCAUACUCAAGUGCAGCCGACUACUAUCAUUGAAACUGUAACUAAACAUAUACCUGUGUUGGUUGAACCUACUUCUGUUCUAGAAACCAAUACAAAUACUAAAUUGCCUUUGGAUGAUAUAACUAUGUCUUCAGAAGAAAAUGACAAUCUCAUAAUUAAAGACCUUGGUACGACAGAAAAUGUACAAAAAAUAGAUGCUGAAUCCGAGGGAGAUAAUGAUACCUUCUUCGUCGUCAUGAAUAAAUCUCAAAAUGGCGGUCACUCUCCCCCAAUUAGUAAUGAUGUAGAUACUGGAGAUUAUGAUGGAAUUACUAGAAAUGAGCAAGUAAAUAGCAACGGUGUGUCUCAGGUGCUGUUUGGUGAAAUACUUCUGGCAGGAACACCAUACUUAGAAACAUCAAAUGUGAAUCCACCUGCCUUCGGCAAGGAAUGUCAGCCAGACUGCAAAGCGUCAAGAAAUGAACGUUGUCAGCGAAUUGAUGGAAUCAUGAAAUGUGUAUGCAGACCUGGAUUUGCCAGGAUGUUCCCUGAUAGACCAUGUAAACCUACAUAUACAUAUUCAGUGAAGUUGGCUCUAGGAUCGCAAGGCAACAAAAGACUUACAUUCCAUCAAAGUCUAUCCGAUAACUCCAGUAAACAAUACCACGCGUUAGCUGUUGCAACUCACGAAGGAAUCAACAGGAUGGUGAUGCAAUCGGAUCUCAGGGAUGUAUUCCAUGGUGUUCAUAUCACAGGCUUCUCUCCUGUGCAGAUGAAGGCAGAAACCGGAGAUAUAUAUCAAGGAGUUAUGAACGACUUCUAUGUACAGCUCUCAGACAACGCUCACGAAAGUCGCCUGAAAGAGGUCAUCGAGAAGUACCUAAGGAAUAACAACUACAGCUUGGGUGGUACUGAUGUCCACGCCGCCGGGGAAUUGGUAGACAGGCUGGAUGUCAGUGAUUUUGAUGAAUGUGUUAGUGGUCAAUUCCACGACUGUUCCGAGCAUGCUCAGUGCUUCAAUCUCCGUGGUACAUACACUUGCAGCUGUCUGGAAGGUUAUGCAGAUCUUAGCGUGAACACAUUAUAUCCUGGAAGGAUUUGUUCUGCGGAACCAGUUGGCUGCGAGCGUUGCAAUUAUCACGGUGCCUGCUACUCGCGUGAUGACAGACGGGUCAUAUGUGAAUGCUUCCAGUGGUAUGCUGGAAGUUCUUGUCAAAUAAACCUUAAAGUGGUGCUGAUCUCCCUGGUGGUGGCUGGAGCGGUGCUGUCGGUGGUGCUGGCGGUCUGCGCGGUGGUGGCCUGCUCCAAGCGACCACGACCCGAGCAGCGCUCCAUUGUUGCUUGUAUACAGAAUAUGCCCAGUUUACACCAGGGGGCAAUGCCUUCAAAGCAACGUGCGGACCGUCGCGCUCUAAUCAGUGAACGAGGAGAAACGGGGGAUUCUUCUAGUAUACAAAAUGUUUCUCUACCUUAUAUGCCAGUCAAGCGUCCCUCAUCCAGUAAGAAAUGCAUAAUGUCUGAACCACCAGCUCAUGACCCCCCGCCGCCCCCCGCACCAGCUGUUAUGAUUCCCAGGGCUCGGCUACAUGCACACCACGACAGUCGCGAGAACAUAUCUAGGAAGAAGAGUUUAGAACUGAGUAACGAAGCUAAACUCAUCAGUUAUUUGGAAUCAGGAGCAGUUAACCCUUCUAAUGAUGAGAUGAGAAGAAAACACAGCGUGGAGAGUUCAUACAGUGGCAAUAAGGACAGACACAACAAACAAGGUGCAUUAGUAUCGGCUGGUUUUAAGGUAUCAACAACCAUUAGACCAGACGAGAGCAUGAUGAAGGAGGAGAGGGAUGAUAUAUCAUCAAUCCACAAAGCGGAUCUAGAGACGGAGUUGUCAAGGUUCGGUACCCUUAGGAAGUCUUAUAGUCAAGAAGACAUCAUGUCUGAAUGGACAGACGCUGAAAGACGCAUCGGAGAACUGACAUUGUCGGAGGCGCGGUCCAUCGGAGGCACCCUGCCGGCAAGCACCGGUAGAGCUGCCUCUUCCACACGACUCACUCAUCAGGAGGCAAACACAAUGGCAGAACGCGACCUCGGCUCUACCUUCCUCUUGCCGCACGUGCACCUCUAUAAACCGGAUCUUACGAGCGAUGUAUCAGAGUUUGACUCCCUGUGAAGACAGCCAACUUUCAGUCAUAUGUUAGAGUAAUAAGUAUUAUUUUUGCUAAUCAAAUUCUUUAUUUUUUUUUAUAUACCACAUGCGGUGUUACUUUUACCACCAAAGCGAAGACUCUUUAUUAUUUAUUCAAUUAUAUGCUUUGAAAUUGAUUGUAAAUUUAUGCACGAGAAACGAAAUUAAAAAAUUAAAAUGCCAUAGUAAAUGUAAGCAUAGCUAGUUUGUAAGAUGCAAAAUGAAAAUAAUUUGAAUGAGAAAUCAUAUAAUAAAUGUAUAUUUUUGUUAGUUAUUGCUAUAUUUAUAAAAAAAAUGAUUUCUUAUUUGAAGAGUUUUCAUUAUUUUUUUUUAUUUUUUAUGAUUUUACGACAUUGUGCGUUGUGCCAAGUUCUACGGUUUGGAGUUACAGCUUUUUUUAGUAUACUAAAAGACUCGUGUGCAAAUAAAGUGUUAAUCAUAUACAAAAUAAAUCAAUAUCUCGAAAUUAUUUAAAUAUUAAAUUAAUGGUAUGA